AUGCGUGCUCCUUGCCUCUGGCAUCCUUGAGUUCAUCUACCUUCUCCAACAGCCCAGGACUCCCAGCCGGGCUAGCCCCUCCUUUCAGCUCUGCUGCUGCUGCUACCAAUGGUUCAGGCUCCCAGAGCAACUGCCCGGGACGUGCCAGACAAACUUCCUCCACCCGGCUGCUCAGGCAGCAGCUGCUACCCACCUACCAGCAACCUGAUUAUUGGCUGUGGCCAGAACCUUCGAACCUCAUCCACCUGUGGCCUCCAUGGCCCUGAACUCUACUGCAUUGUCAGUAACCUACAGGUGUUGAGAAUGUCACCAGCUGGACCUAGAAGAUGCCUUUUACUUUACCCACCUCAUCAUGACUUUCAAGCCUGCAGGUGCAAUCCCCGGGGCUGCAUCCCUGGCACUCAUGCCUGUGAUCUCUCCAGUGGUGCCUAUCACUGCAAACGCCUUGUCUCUGGAUGGGACUGCAGCCGUUGUCUGGGAGCCCCCGAGCCUUCUCCUCCCCACUGUACACAAGCCCCAGGGACCUCCCCUGGUUGGCUCAGGCCCCGACUUCAGAGACAGUGUGUCCCUCGAUAUGCCUCCACCCUGCCAGGUCCUGGAGUGGUCUGGACCUGGGAGUCAGUGUCUCACAUCCAGGCCCCAAAGGAGCCCCUGCCCCUGCAUCAGGGAGCUGGCUGUACACUGUGGACUGGCUCAGACUUUGCACGUGUGGUUGAUGGGGCUGGCCUCUCUCUUCUGGCACCCAUAGUGCCUUCUGCCCUGGAGUGUGACAUUGUCCUACGCUAUGAGACCCAGGCAUCUGAAGAGUGGCAGGCAUUAGUCAGGGCCCAUGCUCAAUCCCAGCCCAGCAGUACCCGCUGUGCCCAUCUGCUGCCCUCAGAGCAGCUGUUCCAGGUGGCCUUGACCCAGAUACACAGGUUGUGCUCCUGCCACAGGUGAAAGGGUUGCCUGGACUGAGGUCUGUGGACCCUGGGGCCACGGGGCACUUGCAGGAGCUCCACAAGGCGGGCUGCAUGGAGGCAGCGAG